AGACACGUAGGUGACCUGGGCAACAUCAACGCGAUCAAUGGGGCGUCCGUCAUAACCCUGACUGACAACAUCAUAAAGUUGGAUGGACAGUACGGCAUCGUCAACAGGUCAAUCGUGGUCCACCAAUUGGAAGAUGACCUCGGGAAGGGCAACAGCACCUUCAGCAACACAACGGGAAACGCCGGAGGAAGGUUGGGGUGUUGCACCAUC